CUGGAAUCCCUGAACCACCACGGCUUCAGGGCAGGGGUGGGGAGCUGUUUGCUAAGCGGCAGAGCCGAGCAGACAGGCUGAAUCUGCCUCCACAAUGCCACUCUCAGGAACCCCAGCCCCCAACAAGAAGAGGAAAUCCAGCAAGCUGGUCAUGGAACUCACUGGAGGUGGACAGGAGAGCUCAGGCUUGAACCUGGGCAAGAAGAUCAGUGUGCCAAGGGAUGUGAUGUUGGAGGAGCUGUCGCUGCUCACUAACCGGGGCUCCAAGAUGUUCAAACUGCGGCAGAUGCGAGUAGAGAAAUUUAUCUAUGAAAACCACCCUGAUGUCUUCUCUGACAGCUCGAUGGAUCACUUCCAGAAGUUCCUUCCCACAGUGGGGGGACAGCUGGGCACAGCUGGUCAGGGAUUCUCCUACAGCAAGGGCAGUGGCAGAGGCCAGGCAGGAGGAAGUGGCUCUGCCGGACAGUAUGGCUCUGACCAGCAGCACCAUCAGGGCCAUGAGUCUGGAUCUGGGGGUACAGGUGGUCCUGGGGGCCAGACUGGCAGAGGAGGAGCUGCUGGCACAGCAGGGAUUGGUGAGACAGGAACAGGAGAGCAGGCAGGUGGAGAAGGAAAACAUAUCACUGUGUUCAAGACCUAUAUUUCCCCAUGGGAGAGAGCCAUGGGGGUUGACCCCCAGCAAAAAGUGGAACUUGGCAUUGAUCUGCUGGCCUAUGGGGCCAAAGCUGAACUCCCCCAGUACAAGUCCUUUAACAGGACAGCAAUGCCUUAUGGUGGAUAUGAGAAGGCCUCCAAACGCAUGACUUUCCAGAUGCCCAAGUUUGACCUGGGGCCCCUGCUGAGUGAACCCCUGGUCCUCUACAACCAGAACCUCUCCAAUAGGCCUUCUUUCAACCGAACCCCUAUCCCCUGGCUGAGCUCCGGAGAGCCUGUAGACUACAACGUGGAUAUUGGCAUCCCCUUGGAUGGAGAAACAGAGGAGCUGUGAGAUGUUUCCUCCUCUACUUUGCAUGAAGUUUCCCCUCUCUGGUUCCAGUUUGGAGAGGGAAUGCUGAUCAGGACACCCCCAUUGUAAAUCUAGUAUCCUUGUGGGAAGGGAGGGAAAAGGGAGGGAGAGAUCUGUCUUUUUAUCCUUCACUCCAAGUCUCCACUCCAAGCAUCCUUCCUCAGAGCUCCCCUUCCACUUGCUCUGUAUAGAACAUGCUCUUUUAUGGAAUUUGCUCUGCCACUGGUAACAGUCAAUAAACUUCAAGGAA